AUGAUAUCUUCUCAGAUUGAUUGGGCACAAGGAGACAACAACAUUGGGUGCCAUUUGGUGCCGGCACCAACUGUGAUUUUGGAACAGUGUGAAUCAGACACGGUUGCCAUGACACCUUUAGGUAGAGUGGCAUACCCCAGAACUAGGAGGAAUGGGGAGCUGCAAUCUCUUACACAGGCACAUGUUGAGCUGCAAUCUCUUACACAGGCACAUGGUGGGGUUCCACCUAAGCUGGACCAAGAGCCAUGGUGGAAUCCGACUCCCUCGCCCACAAAAGAAAUCAAAAUAACGGAGAAGCAGGUAAAGGCCGGAAAGGAGAGGAAGCUUAAGUCCCUUUUUGGACUUUUGUUCACUUCUAAUUCAUAA